UUAAAAAUUAAGUACAAUUAAAUGUUAUUGUGCCAGGUUAAAUAACAAGCGUGUAACAGUCCCUGAGAACCGAAACCAACCGUUGAUAAUAUGAUUGAUUUCUUCGAGUUGAGGAUAAUGUGUAAAUAAGCAUGGCUAAUAUACGAACUAUAAAAGCCAGGGAAGAUAGCUAAUUCAUGUUCUUGCGCACAAAUUAUCAAUAUGAAAGUAUUCCUGUUGUUCAUUUUGCUCUCUGCUAUCUGGCUCCAGGCAUUUUCUAUGAAACCUUAUGAAAAGGUAAAAGCCUGCUUGAAACGGCAGCUGGGGUAUACAGUUACAGCAAAUACCAAAUUAGAUGAUAAAGAUGACUCUCUUCAAAGCAAGUGUUUUUAUCACUGCUUACUGGAAGUGAAAGGUGUCAUUGCAAAUGAUGCGAUCAGUUCCGAGCAACCGAGGAAAGUACUUGUAAAAAAGUAUGGUAUUACUGACACAGAUGAAUUGGAAAAAGCUGAACAAAAGUGUCAUUCCGUCAAGGCUACCGGAAAAUGUGAAUUGGGAUACCAAAUCUUUAAAUGCUACCAGUCCAUUACCAAGCAUUAGACUACUAAACAAUUAAUUUACAUGACACUUUUUAACAUUAAUUUUUGAGAAACUUCACACGCGUACAUAAUAAAGUGUAAAACGAAAAAUUAACUAAAUACAAAAUGUAAUUUCUGAA